AAGGAAAUGCGCACUGUUUUUCUGUAUACAAAUCAGCGGUAACCUAAUUUUAUAAACAAACAAAGGGUUUCGGAAGUAGAUCAAGGUGUUUGGAAGACGGAGAUGUCUCCAGGAGACUUGGUGCAGGACUAUCCAGGUUGUUUACAACACAAAAAGGAAGAAAUGAAGCUGACACGGUCAAACACCGUAUCUCCCGGGUCCUCGAGUGUGUAUCCACUUGAAUUUACUAACUUUGAAUGUCUUUCAGCCCGUUAAGUAUAUCAUCAUUGUUUUAAAUAAUAGUAGUAUAACCUUAAAAGCUGACUAUGCGUGUGUCGACGCUUCGUAGUCUUGUUCCGGAAAUACACUAUUUUAAAUCGGAAACACGUGAAACUAUAUGAUGGUGAUCUUGUAUAAAACAAAUAGAAAAUAUCAAAUGAUCUCAUUGUGUGUAUUACUUUAUCAGUGGUGAGGAAAUCUUUUAUGUAAUGAUGUUCAAGGUCAUAUUUCAAGUUGCGGUUGUUGCUAUUACGGUUGGUGCACGCUCGGGUAAGUGAACAACUUGACCCAAGACAUUUCAUUCAUUUAAAAGAAAGUCAAGGCGAGGGAAAACAGUAUAGACGUUGUACGAGAGCCAGUGGCAACAUGUUCAGCUAUUUCAUGCGAUGUGACCAUUACUGUAUCAUCGGAGUAUAAGGUGAACGAACAGUGGGUCAUAUUCAAGAACCACACAGCCAUGAGAAUAACGGAAUGGAACACCGAAGAUCAUAAAUACGCUGCGUCUAAUACCAGAAAACCGCCCAACUGUACCUCAUGGUGCAAUUUUACUAUCACAUUGGAGAUCAACAAACUAACUCAUAAGCAGGAUUAUGGGCUGUAUCAACUCAUUCUCCGCUCAUUUGAUGAUCAAGGCCCGAAAAGUAAACGAGUGUUGAACAUCACCGUGCCAACCAAGCAAAAAGAAGUUUCCGUUAAGACCUCACAAAAACCAGAAGAUACUUUGACAUCGGUACAAGAACUGUCGUUUUCGACGAUCAUGGUGAUUGCUGUAGCAGGGACCAGUAUUACCAGCAUCAUCUGUUUAACCGUGUGUUUGAUUAUCUUCUGCAGGGGAAGGAAGGCACAAAAAAAGAAAAGAGAUAACAGAAAGCACAGACAAAGUUCCCUAGGUGUGUCUACUCACCUGUACGAUGAGGUGGAGUCCGUGGCCCGUAAUGCAUACUGUGAGCUAAACGAGGAGGCUCAGAAAACCUCCAAUCACCAGUACAUACAGCCAAUUCCUGAAGAAGCGCCAAUGUACAAAGCCCCAGAAAUCUUUUCAAACACGGAAUCACCGACCAACAUAAGGGCCAAGCCCCCAGAUACUACGAAUGAUGCUAUGGGAUAUUUACAACCCUCCGUGAAAUUUAGGCCAGAAAUGGCAAUGUUUAAUCAGCUUUAUGAAGAGGCCAAUAAACCUAAACCAAAGAAACCUCUAGAACCAACAUACAGCAAUUCACAAAAAAUGCCAAAAUUUCCAAAGAAAGAAGAGCAGCCAAAAUCAUCUGAAAAGCUAAUCCUUAAAACAGAUUCAGAAAUUGGUAAAAGCAGCGAAGUAGUGUACGCUCAGCCUCACCAACAUCCAAAGUCAGAUGUCCAAAAGUCUUUUUGUAAUGAUUCCAGCAAUAAAACGCAACAUGAGCCUAUGUAUGGUAAUGAAAAUAGAACGCCGCCUUUACCAGUAAAAGUUUUGAAAACAACGAUUAUUGAAAGGAAACAAAGUCAAAGAGAAACAUCAGGCACAAAAUCAGUUACACCAAAUGUUCCUCCAAAACCAGUCUGUAGAAUUAUUCCAAACCAGUUAUAUGACGAGAGAGAAGGCAUGUACAAUAAAAAACGACAAGUUAUAGCAACCUACAGUAAUCCUGUGGCAACAAAAUUGCCAACUAAAACAUGUCCAAAUCCGAAGAUACUGAGUUAUCCCGCGUGCACUCAUAUAAAUGACAACAUCUAACACAGAGGAAUAAAAUCCAGAUUCAAUUUUGCCAAAUUAUGUGAUAAACUAUCUAUACUCAAUAUAUUUAUAUCCUGACACUGAAUAAUAAAACAAAUAUUUGAAAAAUAA